CGUAUACACUGCAAAAAGCAUCGUGAUCAAUAAAUGGGAAGUUCCAAUCCACAGAUAGAAUCAACAGCUUAAUAAAUUGAUCAAACGGAAGAGACGAUGAUGUUGAGUUGGUUCAGAAAAGGCAAGAAGAAAGAGGGCGGAGGUGAUAGGCCGCCGGAAGAUGAAUGCUGCCCCAUUUGCUUCAAUGAAUUCCACGUUCCAUGCCGGACUAACUGCGGCCAUUGGUUUUGCGGCAGCUGCCUUCUUGGGCAUUUGAGAUCCGGGGUGAAUUACCACCGUUGCAAGUGCCCUGUGUGUGAAUGCUCAGUAUAUAAACUUGUCCCCCUUUUACCUGCACUGGUUCAGCCAGGAAGAGAAGAAGAAGCUAGUGAGAUCCUCGGGGAGAUCGAGCAAUUUAAUACUGAAGACGAGCUAAGAAGACAAUUUGGUGAGCUCGAUGAGCUCCUCAGAGAGCAGAAGCAAAAUCGAGAAGACUCGAUUUUGUUUCGCAUCUUCAUGAAAUAUGGAGAUCAGAUUGAGGUCGUGUCAAAAGCUCUAGUUGUUCUAUUAUUGUUUUUCAUUGUGCUGAAGCAAGUUGUCGACAUAAUAAAUGACUUCCGUUUGUGGCCAAAUGAAGGGACUGCAUUCCGACUGUGUCAAACGCUGAGAUGCGCUAUUUUCGUACUUGGUUUGAUUUGGAUGGUUGGGCGACAUAUAUGGGGAUAGAAUUUGAUGCAUUUGGCAGAAUAGAAUGGAGAUCGACAACGGAUUCUGUUGCAGGGAAAUGUGUUUUUGUGAACAUUCAAAUGCUUGCCGUGGAUAGUGCUUUUCUGUCUCUCUUGUCCAACAGCAACUUAUCAUUUGGAGCUUUUGUUAAUUGAUUUCAUCAAUAAUCAAAUGUAAUAGACUUAUCUUCUCUAUAAUGCAUGAAUUUUGAGUUACUCUUAA